UGCAUGUUUACAUGUAAUAUGCCACGUAUUAUGCCUUCUCAAAUUGCAUGGAGUUCUGCCUCUAUAAAUAGCCAGCGUUUCUUAUCACUUCCAUUAAGCAGUUCCAAGGAAACACAAAAAGAAAGAAACUUGCAAGGCAAUAGAGUUAUCGUCAUGGCUUCGUUACAUAGCUUGAAAACUUUAGUCAUUGUUGCUCUUGCAGUUGCCUCCUUGAUGCAAUUCACCCUAGGGGACAUUGCUUGCGAGAAUUUGAACGAAGACUCUUGUGCAUUCGCAAUAUCGAGCACGGGGAAGCGUUGUGUUUUAGAGAAACAUCUUCGGAGGAGUGGUGAAGAAGUAUAUACAUGCCGGACAUCGGAAAUUGAAGCUGAUAAACUCAAGGAUUGGAUCGAAACCGAUGAGUGCAUUGAGGCCUGCGGUGUCGAUAGAAAUGCCCUCGGCAUUUCUUCCGACGCUCUGCUCGAGUCUCGCUUUACCAACAAGCUCUGUUCCUCUGCUUGCUACAAGCACUGCCCCAACAUUAUUGAUCUCUACUUCAAUCUUGCUGCUGGUGAAGGUGUAUAUCUGCCCAAGCUGUGUGCAGAGCAAAAAGGAAAAGGACGCCGUGAAAUGGCCGAGAUCAGAAGCUCGGGACUCGUCGCACCUUCACCGGAAUCAGGAGUCAAGCCCCUCAAUUUCAUGAUUGCUCCAGCAUUGCCUCCUCUCUAAAUUCAAUCAAGCUUAAUAAUUCAGCACUAUAUAAGUAUACAUUGGCUUUUAGUUACAAGUAUUAAAAUAAAAUAAGGACUUUAUAGCAGACAUUUGUAUCGUUUGUGUGGUUUGUUACAUUUGAGGAGUACUAAAACAAGGCAGGUGGAGAAAUGCAUCAGAGAUCUACAAAGCAUUCCCCCUGCUCGGCCUAUUUCCCUCUUUUUCUUAUAGUAAUGGAGUAUUGAUAUGUUUGUUCGAA